AAAGGCACGAAGCUGUUUCCGUUUUCCAAAUCUCAAUUUUCUUGUGCUUGCCUUCAUCGCUCAUCGUCGCUUCUCCUCUUGCCUCCCUUCCAAGGAUUGACUCUCCACUAGCCGUCAUCUUUGGCAAGUCGCAGUCAGAGUCGCAAGAUCAAUCAAUCAGAGAUCAGCGCUUACUCAAGCUGUCCUGUCUAGGAAAAAUGGCAGAAUUCUUAGACCUGGAAGCACAGGAUGGAGUGAGAAUGCCAUGGAACGUGCUACCAGGCACCAAGCAAGAGGCCAGUAACUGCGUGGUCCCAGUCUCCGCCAUGUAUACUCCAAUCAAGCCCUUUCCAAACAUGCCGAUCCUUCCUUACGCUCCUCUACGCUGCCGCACUUGCCGCUCUGUGCUUAACCCAUUCUCGAUUGUCGAUUUUGCAGCUAAGAUCUGGAUUUGCCCCUUCUGCUUCCAACGCAAUCACUUCCCGCCUCAUUACGCCUCCAUCAGUGAUGACAACCUCCCUGCUGAGCUCUUCCCGCAGUACACCACCAUUGAGUAUGAGACGCUCGGAGAGAAGUGUUCGUCCUCUUCGGUAUAUAUGUUCGUGGUGGACACUUGCAUCAUUGAGGAGGAAAUGACAUUCCUCAAGUCUGCCUUGUCUCAGGCCAUAGACCUACUGCCAGACAAUUCUCUCAUUGGCCUUAUAACUUUCGGAACCUUGGUCAAUGUUCAUGAGUUAGGCUUGGGUCAGAUCUCUAAGACCUAUGUCUUCAAGGGCUCCAAGGAUGUGUCCAAGGACCAGCUUCUCGACCAGAUGGGUUUCUUUACCAAGAAGCCCAAGCCACCCAUUGGUGUCAUUGCUGGCACCAGGGAUGGUCUAUCUUCCGAGAGUAUUUCCCGCUUCCUCUUGCCGGCCUCUGAGUGUGAAUUUACUCUGAAUUCGGUUUUGGAGGAGCUGCAGAAAGAUCCUUGGCCUGUUCCACCUGAUCAGCGAGCUACUAGGUGUACCAGCACGGCUCUCAGUGUGGCUGCCAGCUUGUUAGGUGCUUGUGUUCCUGGGUCUGGAGCUCGAAUUAUGGCAUUCAUUGGUGGUCCAUCCACCGAAGGACAUGGUGCUAUUGUGUCAAAGAAUCUCUCCGAACCUAUUCGAUCUCACAAGGAUCUGGAUAAAGAUUCUGCUCCACAUUAUCAUAAAGCUGUGAAGUUCUAUGAAGGACUUGCAAAGCAGCUUGUGCAUCAAGGCCAUGUGCUUGAUCUGUAUGCAUGUGCCCUUGACCAGGUGGGGAUUGCUGAACUUAAAGUUGCGGUUGAAAAAACUGGUGGGCUUGUUGUGCUUGCAGAAAGCUUUGGCCAUUCAGUAUUUAAGGAUUCACUGAGACGUAUAUUCCAGUUGGGUGACUAUGACCUUGGGCUAUCAUCAAAUGGUAUAUUUGAGAUAAACUGCUCGAAGGAUAUCAAAGUUCAGGGCAUUAUUGGUCCUUGUGCAUCACUCGAAAAGAAAGGCCCUUUGUGCUCCGAUACUGUCAUUGGCCAGGGGAAUACUAGUGCUUGGAAGAUGUGUGGCCUAGACAAAGCUACAACUUUAUGUAUAAUUUUUGACAUUGUGAGGAAGGAGAGUUCAGAUGCUGCUCUUCAGCCUUCAAGCAAUCAAUUUUACUUUCAAUUUUUAACAUACUACCAGCACAACAGUGGUCAAAUGAGACUUCGUGUUACAACCCUUUCGAGAAGAUGGGUUGCUGGGCCUGGAAGUAUACAGGAUUUGAUAGCUGGAUUUGACCAAGAAGCAGCUGCUGUAGCCAUGGCGCGACUAGUUUCUUUCAAAAUGGAAACUGAGGCUGAAUUUGACCCAAUAAGAUGGCUAGAUAAAGGUUUAAUACAUCUAUGUUCGCUGUUUGGAGAUUACCAGAAGGACAAUCCGUCUUCUUUCAGCUUAUCACCGCGGAUUUCAAUCUUCCCUCAGUUCAUGUUUCAUUUACGACGUUCCCAAUUUGUUCAGGUCUUCAACAACAGCCCAGAUGAGACGGCAUACUUCAGAGUCAUACUGAACCGGGAAAAUGUUGCCAAUUCUGUUGUGAUGAUACAGCCUUCGUUGAUUUCUUACUCAUUUCAUUCAGGACCAGAACCGUCUCUUCUUGAUGUCGCUGCCAUUGCAGCUGACAGGAUUCUGCUUUUAGACUCUUAUUUCACUGUUGUUAUUUUUCAUGGUUCAACCAUUGCUCAGUGGCGAAAAGCUGGCUACCAUAAUCAACCAGAACAUCAGGCUUUUGCUCAGUUGCUGCAAGCUCCUCGUGAUGAUGUGGAUGCAAUAAUCAAGGAAAGAUUUCCAGUUCCCCGUUUAGUCAUUUGUGAUCAACAUGGUUCACAGGCCCGUUUUCUUCUGGCAAAGUUAAAUCCUUCUGCUACAUACAACACUGAUGCUGCUCUUUCAGGCGGGGAUAUAUUGUUUACAGAUGAUGUGAGCUUUGAGGUCUUUUUGGAUCAUCUUCAGAGAUUAGCAGUUCAAUAAAAACAUGCAUGACGUUUUUGUACAGUAACCAUGCAAGUAAAUUAGGCUUUAUUUUGAUUCAGUUUUAGUUUUCUUGAAAAAUAAUGUUUUUCUGCUUAUCUUUCCAAUCAAUGCGACAGUCCAAUUCAAUGUCACAUUUGGGGGCAAUUGCAGUAACGAUUCUUUUCUUUUAUCA